AUGUUUCUUUCUUUGUCUGCCAUUGUGGACAACAAGUUGAAUGACACAAACCUUCUCUCUCUACCCAAAAUGAAGCUCUUUGAAGACGACAUACUCGAAGACCAUAGAACCCCCCUUCUUUCUUUUGGUAUUCCUGGAAUCGAUGGUGACUUUGGCCUAUUGGCGCCUCGGUGGGAACCAUGGAGGCAAUUCCUUUAUAUUGCUAUUUUAGUAUUGCUCAUUCAAUCCAUUCUCGGAGCCUUCAACUAUGCAUUCAUCGUUUCCAAGAGAGGCUCCAUCUCAGCUUACUUGGUAGGAUGGGGUUUCGUCAUCCCCUUUAUCGCGUGGCUGCCGUUUCAGUUGGUUGAAAUCUUCGAAAUACACAACAAGAUGGCCAAGAUUAUACCUGCUAAUAUACUGAUUGCAGUUCUCUUUCGAACCAUCGAGGCAAUGUAUGGAACCUCGCCACCCCGGGUAGAGGACAGCCUGGCAAGGUACAUUGAGUAUUAUGGUCAGGGAGCUCGUCCGAAACUGGACAAGAAAACAAAUCAACCUCUCCAGGCUACCCUGAUUCAGUUCAUGGCACCAUUACUUCGAAUUGCCCUCUAUUAUCAUCUCCUGUCCUUGACGACAUCCAUUGGAAUGCACUUUGAUUGGGAGGUUUUUCCGAGUCCAGUGAAAAUAGAAAGAUUUCAUUUCAACCUGGACUUGCUACGUCCGGCACAUUUUGCAAAUUCAUACAUCAACAUUGUGCACACCUACUUUUAUGUCCGAUUUGCUUUUGAAAUCGUUGCCAUACAAGAAAUCUUCAAGGGCUAUGUGAUUGAGAAACCCUUCAAGAAUCCCCUGUUGACCUCCAAAUCUCCAUCCGCAUUUUGGGGCCGGCAUUGGAACAAGGUCAUUCACGACAAUCUCAAGACUGGAGCAUACAUGCCAACCCGAAAGUUCUUCCCCUCCUGGGUAGCUGUCAUGGUAGCAUUUUUUCUGUCCGGUUUCAUUCAUGAUUAUACCUGGGUACUGGCAUUCUACCAUCACCAAUCGACCAGAGACCCCGUCACGGGAGUUUGCGAGGAUUGCUACGAAUCUACACCAGGGAAACUAACCCUGUUCUUUCUGUGGCAAGCAGGCGUCAUGACUGUGGAACGUCUUGUUGGCAAGUAUCCACCAUUCAGCUGGAUAGGCCAGAAUCUUCCCACUCCUAUAGUGUCUACUCUGGUCGUCAUGACAUCUCUGCCCGUCAGCCAUUGGUUUUUUGGUGACUAUUGCAUGGGAGGUACGUAUCCGAGUAUUUCCCAGAGUUUGUGGAUUGUUCGGAAACUAUAG